AGCCCGAUGGGGCCGCGCAGGCUGCGUUUGGCGGCUGACCCGCGGAGCGCGGCGCGGUGCCGCGGUGCCUGACGCGCUCCGGACUGGCAGCGCUCCCCGGCUCCCUCUCGCCGCACCGGGAUGAGCGGGGCCGCGUUCCCGUCCCCCGCUGCCGAGAUGGCAGAGAUGAACCGGCUGCAGUACGAGAUGGAAUACACCGAGGGCAUCAGCCAGCGCAUGAGGGUCCCCGAGAAACUCAAGGUGGCUCCUCAGAACUCUGACCUGGACAAGGACACCCAGGAAGGAUUUCCAAAUGCCAGUGUAACUAUGCAGGUUCCAGAGCGGAUUGUAGUGGCAGGUAAUAGUGAAGACAUUCCAUUUUCCAGACCAGCAGACCUUGACAUUCUUCAGUCUACUCCAUUCAAACCACUGGCAUUGAAAACUCCUCCCCGUGUUAUUUCUCUUAGUGAUCGACCGCUAGAUUUUUUGGACCUAGAAAAACCUCCACAGCAGACACCUCAAAGUGAAGAGGUGCGCUCGCUGGGAAGGCUGAAGAGAGAGCGCUCCAUGAGCGAGAACGCCACGCGCCACAACGGGCAGCUGGCCCGCAACGACUCCAUGUGGCACAGAUCAGAUACUGUCCCGAGAAAUAAAAUGCCACGGUUCCAGUCACCUCUUUCGACUAAGGAUUGCACUGUGACCCCAUCACUGCAACAGGCUCGUGUCUGUCCUCCCAAUAUGUUACCUGAAGAUGGAAUUAAUCUUUACUCUGCUCGUGGCAUUUUGUCGUUUAUCCAGUCUUCCACUCGUAGGGCUUACCAGCAGGUCUUGGAUGUGCUGGAUGAAAACCGCAGCUUGGACAAGGACAAUAGGCCAAUGUUACGUGGUGGGUCAGCUGCUACCACUUCCUCUAACCCUCAUCAUGACAACACCAGAUAUGGUCUCUCCAACUUUGAUACCACAACGCUCGAGGGAACACCAGAUGACUUGACAGUUGUCGAUGCGGCCUCCUUAAGAAGACAGAUAAUCAAACUUAAUCGCCGUCUCCAGCUCCUGGAAGAAGAGAACAAAGAGCGUGCUAAGAGGGAAAUGAUCAUGUAUUCCAUUACUGUAGCUUUCUGGCUACUCAAUAGCUGGCUUUGGUUUCGGCGCUAGACACAGCUCUCAAAGAUUUACUAGUUGAAAACAUAAACAAUUUGCAAAAUUCCUUGUUUCUGUUUCUGAUUGUAUGCUGUUUUUUAAUGAAUACACUGGAAAUUUCCACCACAGAUAAAGGCUCUAGAAUUGCAGUGUUAAAGGGACACCUUGUUCAUUUAUAACGUAUUUAAUAGAUUUGCAUUGCAAAUGCUGCAGUAUCCUCCUUUGCAUGCUUCUGUGUAAACAUGGACCAGCCCAUGGGGAGUCUGCUUCGUGCAGUGAGUGAUCUCCAGGACUAACCACUGGGGGUUUUGUUGUGGAGCGAAGAGAACAAAGGGAAUGGGUUUGGAGAAAAAAAACAAACAAAAAACAAAAACAAAGGAAUAAAAAGUCAUUUUUAUUGUUCUGUUGUUAGAUGCAAUUAAACAAUUGCACUAGUUUUCCUUUAGUCCAAGUGGUUUUGAGGUGUGCCAUAAUCAAGGAGUGUGUCCUGUUUCAUCAGUAUGUUCCUUGUUUAAGUAUGUGUUCAGGUUCAGUAAUAAAAGGAAUUCUUUGCUAACA